AAAUGCAAAAAUCACGUGAAUAUCGUGCAACGUUUGCCGUUCGGUCCCAAUUAUAUUUUCACUUUCGCCACACGCCCGCCACCACACCGGUCAACCUCAAACACCUUCGAAGGAUGUCUAUGGCGCUAUGCGCGUGCGAGCAUGUCCAUAGCGGGCGUUUUUCCACCAUUCUGCGAUUAUAGAGACGGUCAUUUACUGCUCGAUGGUUGUUACACCAAUAAUGUGCCAGCCGACGUAAUGCAUAAUUUGGGCGCCGCACAUAUUAUUGCUAUCGAUGUGGGCUCCCAAGACGAUAUGGAUUUGACGAACUACGGCGAUGAUUUAUCUGGUUGGUGGUUGCUGUAUAAGAAAUGGAACCCCUUCACAACACCGGUGAAGGUGCCUGAUCUGCCCGAUAUACAGUCUCGUUUAGCGUAUGUUUCGUGUGUGCGCCAACUCGAGGAAGUGAAAAAUUCCGAAUACUGCGAAUAUAUUCGCCCGCCCAUUGACAAGUACAAAACGCUCGCCUUUGGUAGCUUCGAUGAAAUACGUGAUGUUGGUUACGUUUUUGGUAAAAACCACUUCGAUGCUAUGGCCAAAGCCGGACGCUUGGGACGCUUUAAUCAGUGGUUUAACAAGGAGCCUUCGAAGAAAGAGAAUCCUGGCACCCUAAGCGAUUAUACAUUCAUCGAUUUGGCACAUAUCGUUUGCAAAUUACCUGAAACCUAUAUAAGCAAUGAACAAUUGCACCAAGGUUAUCUCUUUAGCGAAGACGAGGACUACGACGGUUACAUAUCGGAGCCGUCGACGUACAAGCGGGUCAAAAUAAAGCGCACAGGCACCUCUUUGUCGCUCUCCGAAAACGAGAUGGAUUCCGACAUCGAAGUUGAUCUGUCUUUGGCCAUACGACAACAUCAUGCACAUCGUUCGCGUAGUACACCGCACACCCCUGCCUCUGAAUCGAAUACAGGCGGCGAUCAAGUUGAUAACAAUGGGCGUGCCCACCACCUAGGCGGUGGCAGCAUUGUGCGUUUUGAUGGUAGUGUUGUUUUCAAAGGCAAUGGCGGCGGUGGUGGCGGCUCGCAAAUCAGUAUAAGGAGUAGUGGAAGUAGUACUGAUUUCGUAACACCUUAUGAUGCGCUUAACAUCGAUGCAGUAGUGGAUGAGUUACCUUUAGAUCCGGUAGUUGUGAAAAAGGAGGAUGAGGUAAAAAAUCGACGGAAUGAGGUUAAUGUAACGACGACAACGCCGUUGAAAAGCGCUCAAAUCUUAGUUAAAGAAGAUGAACUGCGUACGCCUACGCCGAGUACUUCCAAUGCCAGUAUGGUUGCCUCCAUGAAAAGCACUUACAGUUCAAAUGCCGAGUCUGCGACCACCCUGCAAAGCGCUGAUUUAAAUGAAGCGACAACUCAGCCACCAACUACAUUAGAAAACACUUCAGAAGCGACGUAAUGAACGAUUGCGUCAAUUUAGUUAAGGACUUAAUUAUUUAAGUAAUAGAGUGUGUAUGUACCAUGUGACUGAGUGCAAGAUAUCUGUAAUCGAGAGAGAGAGAGAGAGAGAGAGAGAGAGAGAGAGAGAGAGAGAGAGNGAGAGAGGAAGUGACAAAGAAGUACGAGUAUGCUUCGAGCGAGUUUGCAAUCAACUUCCUUAGCCAUAUAUUUACUAAAUACAAAAUAGUUGCUACAAAUUUCAAAAUGUCUGAAUUAAUUAUAAACAAUUAUUGCGUUAAGCUCGACGACUUAUGAACUUGUAUAUUGUUUGUAAUAAUCUUGCAACAAAGGAAACAAAAAUAAAUAAGUAAAGAGCAGUUUUUUGUAAGGGGAAUUAAAAUUUAACAAAUCGCACAUACAUAUACACUUUAAAAGCGAGAAAGGAUAACUUUUCAACAAGUAAAUAGGUUAAUUUCAAGUUUUGAAUUCAUAACAUACGCACACAUGGCAUAAUUAUUUAGUAUUUUUUGCGAAUUAAGGUAAAUUUGAAAUCCGAGUCAUAAUUUUGAAUUAUUGUAGUCAAAAGCUUAUAGCUCAGUAGAGGUAAUGAUAUAUGCCAUAUAAACAUACAUAUACUUAUAUACAUACAUUAUCAUGGCUAUUCCGAUUGUUGCCGCACAUUUUGUAAGCGAAAAAAUUAAACAUUUUUUAACACGAACUUUAUGGCCCUAUUAUAUAAUGGCGACUGAUAGCCGAUAGGCAACCAUAUACUAAAAUUCGCAUUACGUAUGGCUACUGGCUACUGAGUCUAGUAGCGGAAUAUUCUAUUUCCCGCUUAUGAGAUUUGGUUAUUUGUUUACACUUGUUAAACACAUUGGAUUCAAGUUUUCAAUUAUGUACUUCGAAAUGUUCAUGUCAAAAAAGUAAAUUCGGCUUUUGUAUGCGCUUUUCUGUAUACUGAGAUUAAUCGCUAUACAUAAAACAACGUACGAUGUAUGUCGCCAUACGUUAUAGGACCAUUAGUUAGCGGUCACAAAAUGUUUGUUACCAGGCCAGUGUAGCCCGUUUCUGUAACUCUUCUCUACUGGUAGAUAAUAUACGUCAUUCUCUACUACUCAUUA